UCACACGCCCCUCUGUCUGGCCGCCCAUUGGCUCUCCCUUACAACGCUUUUCCGGGGCAGGAGAAACUUGUCCUAGAGCCGGAAAUGAGGUACUUUCGGGUUCGCGAUAGCAGCGGCGCCUACAAGUGAGGGGAUCGUGUCAUUGGAGCCUGCUAGCUUCUCCGAUCAGACUUCGUCUGGAACUAGGAAAAGACCCCCAGAAUUCUGAUGGCCCAAGGAAGGGAGCCGAGUGGGAUUGCGAAGGAUCGGCGCAGAUAGAUACCUCCGACCCUUCGAGGGCCACCGGAAGCUCCGCCCUCUGGACCUGGCGGAAAGCCUCCUCCUAGAAGUAGGAACCCCAAGGGACCGCCCCGGGGCGGUGGCCACCCGCCAUGGCCGCGCCCCCGGGGGCGGGGCCCGCAGCUCUACGCUUCGCGUCCGCAGCCAGCUGGCAAGUCGUGCGCGGACGCCGCGUGGAGCAUUUCCCUCGGGUUCUGGAGUUCCUGCGAUCCCUACGCACCGCUGCCCCUGGUUUGGUUCGCUACCGACACCAUGAACGCCUGUGUAUGGGCCUAAAGGCCAAGGUGGUGGUGGAACUGAUUCUGCAGGGCCAGCCUUGGUCCCAGGUCCUAAGUGCCCUGAAGGACCACUUUCCAGAGUCUGGACAUGUGGUGCGGGACCCCAAAGCUACAAAGCAGGAUCUGAGGAAGAUUUUGGAGGCCCAGGAAACUUUUUGCCAGCAGGUGAAGCAGCUGUCAGAGGCCCCUGAGGAUUUGGAUUCGAAGCUUCAGGAACUUAAACAAGAGUAUGGGGAACCAUUUAUGGCCGCCAUGGAAAAGCUGUUUUUUGAAUACAUGUGUCAGCUGGAAAAAGCACUGCCUAUGCUACAGGCACAGCAGCUUCAGGACGUGCUGAGUUGGAUGCAGCCUGGAGCUUCUGUCACCUCUUCUCUUGCCUUGAGCCAAUAUGGUGCAGACAUGGGGUGGCCACUUCCAGAGUGCUCUGUUACCGAUUCAGUGAACCUGACAGAGCCCAUGGAACAGAAUCCUCCUCAGCAACCAAGACUAGCACUUCCCAGCCCUCAGCCAAAAGCCAAGCCUGGCCCCCACCUUCCUGAGGGACCAGCUUCAAAGAAGCACUCAGAACCUUUAGCAGGCCACCACUUCAAUCUGGCCCCUUUGGGCCGGCGGCGAAGAACCCAGUCCCGAUGGGAAUCUGCAAAGGGAGGCCAAAAGGAGCGCCCCACGGUUAUGCUAUUCCCCUUUAGGAAUCUGGGCUCACCAAGCCAGGUCAUAUCAAAGCUGGUGAACAGGGACAAACAUGAGAUACACACAGCAGAUCCAAGAGGUGCUGUGGGCACAGGAGCAGCCUCCAUUGGAGAAUCUAAGAGUCCAUCUCAGACCCUGGGGGGACCGACUUCGGAGGAGAACCCAGUUGACUUGUCUGCCUCAGGGCAAAAGGAGAAUCACUUGGAUUGCUACAUGGACCCCCUGAGACUAUCAUUAUCACCUCCCAGGGCCAGGAGGCCAGCAUGUCCUUCAUCUCCGUGCAACUCCGCUAUUACCAUAGGGGACUUGGUUUUGGAUUCUGAUGAGGAAGAGUAUGGCCAGAGGGAAGGCAAGGAUCUGCCCAGCCUCCUUACCAAAGGCCUUGGCCACGUCCCCAGGACAGCUGCAGCCUCCAUCCUACAAAGUAACGAGUAUUAUGAGAAGACAGCGUGAAUUUCCCGUCCCUCUCAGCGAUGUCCCACUGGCCCACCUCAAAGCUGCCAGGAACCCAGGAGUCCUGAUCCAUCUCUACCACAGCCUCCACAUCAUAGAAAACCCAGCUGUUUGGCACAUUGUGUCCUGCCUGCUCUUGGCCCUUACUGAAAUGAUGUGGCCUUUGAGGCCAUGAGCAGCAUCCGCACAUUCCAUCACUGCACUGAGCUGUGGAUACCCCACUCCAGUUUUCUUCCGGGUGGUACACACAGAGCCUGGGAAGAACAUGACAAGGGUUGGGAGAUGUAGUGCCCCCCUGGUGUUAGCCAGUGAAGCAGAAGCCAGUGUCCCCGGGAGACCAGCUUACCUGGCCCAAUUCCCACUUUGAUAAUGUCAGCCCCAGAGAGGAUCAGCUCUUCCACCAUCUCUCCUGUUACCACAUUCCCUGCCUGAGACAGAGCAAUCAAAAUAGGGAGCAACCUUAGGGUCAGAAACAGAAGAGAUUGCAUACUCCUUAUAUAGUGUCUUAUCCAUCUCUACCACAUCUGGACCAUGACCUUCCAACAUUACUACAAGAAAGAGUACCCAGCACCUCUCUCCUAGGCCUUCUGAGAGCUCCGACACUGGUUACUUCAAAGAACCCUGCUUCCCACUUGUCCACCUCUGAUCCCCCUACCCUCACCCCAAGCUGAGGGUCAGGGGAUGAAUAGCCAGUGUCACAGCUCAACUAGGGUAAAGCUGAGGUUCAGAAUGCACUUUACCACUUCAAGCAAUGAUCAGGAUAAUGUGAGGUGGCAUGGAGAAGCAUUCAGUGAGUUGAAAGGAACCACCAGCUCAACCUCAGAUCUGAUUUAGGAUAAAUUUAUCUUCCCUUCCCCACCAACACACCCAAACAUAUCCUGUCCUGGGAAGCUGUUCUGUCACAGAACCUCUCUGGCUUCAAAGAAAGGGGGAAGACAUGGUAAUGUAGGCUAGAUACUCAUCUGCCUAUCUUCUGGUGGACAGUACAGAGACACCCUUCAAUGCUGGGGGAAUAAAACAAGGCCUUGUCAUCACUCCCGUAUGCUUGCCAAACAAUAAAGCACUGUUUCAUAUGAUUGUAGUGCAUGUCCAUUUCAGUGGGUAGAUGUGGAUUUACCACAGGUAUGUAUAAUGCACAAAUGUUCCAUUAUUUGGUGAGUGAUGUCAGGGACACUAGAUUUACAACAGCAAUGUAUAAAUCAAGAGUCAGAAAUACUACAUUGACCAAUAAACAGACAUUUUAAGCUUGGAA